CACACGUUCCUCUUGUGUGCCAAUCCACCUCAAAGCAGCUUUAUUAGUUGGUCCCCGUCCUACUUUUUCCACCUCCACUCACUCCCCACUUUUUCUUCUUUACUUUUUCGGAUCUAUCCAAAACCUUUUGCGCAUCUUCAGAUCUUCUUCCUUCUUCAUUCCAUUUCUUCUCUGAGAAAACAGAAGAUAAAGAGGCUAUGUCGGCGGAUUGGGGUCCGGUGCUGGUGGCGACCUUGCUGUUUGUGCUGCUGACGCCGGGGUUAUUGUUUCAGAUUCCGGCCAAGGGGAAGGUGAUUGAGUUCGGCAACAUGCAUACCAGCGGCGCCUCUAUCCUUGUUCACGCUCUUAUCUACUUCGGCGUCAUCACCAUCUUCCUGAUUGCCAUCGGAGUUCACAUUCACACUGAUAAUUGAUCUUAUUAUCUCUAUUGUGUUUUUUCUCUUUUAUGUCUAUUUUGUACUGUGAAUCUGUAUUGAUCCAGAAUCAUGAAAGUUGUUUGUAGCUUAUACCGUAAUGUUGAAGUUGCUUUUCCUCUUGUAAUAAAUGUUUUCUUACCAAUAAUGAUUGCAAAUAUUG